GUUGGAAUUGGACUCCACUGCUUCCUCUGUUUCACGUACGCUGGUCCAUGAGUUACUCUUCUUUUGUUUUGUGUCCAACGACAAACGUUAUGCAUUUCACUCAGAGAUAACAUGCCGACCGAAUGAGCUCAAACAUGUAUUUCCUUCACACAUAACGGGCCAACAGAAGCAAGAUCGGAAUCUAUUGAUAUCCAUUCUCACUGCGCAGCAGUGUAAGGCGGUGUAGAGGUGAGAAACUGGCCAGCCAGGAGUGGUUGGAGGGAAAUUAGGUGACAAGAAGUGCAAACUCGGAACGUGUCUCAUACAAGCUAGUAUCCUAGCCUGAAGUGGGCGGUUGUCAUCCAAACCGAGACGUUUCACUCACACGAACUGUCCAUUCCUGUUGUUCGUGUUCGGCGAUCCGGUAUGUAUGAUUAAACCGCAGCAUCAACGCCUGUCCCACCUUCCCUGCUUUAUAGUCAUGAGAACAAAUUCACGAAACGAUACUCAACCUUCCUCGUCUCCUUCCCUCACGUCUCCUGCCGCUUCGCUAAAAUGCGUUCGCUGUUGAAAUCAUUAUUCGUUCUUGGUCUAUGUACUUUAUCCCUUGCAAGUCCACAAGACUCGGAUGACCACCAUCACGGUCGUGGCGGAGGGGGAGAUAACGAUGAUACAGAUGAUUCCAACUCUUCAGCGUCGCCGACACCUACCGGGUCGUCAACUGCCACGAACUCUACUUCGUCGAAUUCGGCCCUCAUAGGGAUGAAUGGAGAUGCGGUCUGCACCGACCUACUUUGUGUUGGUGGUCUUGUGAACGGCUCCACUGUUACAUAUACUCUUCAAAGUUUGGGGGCCGCCAACUUGGGAUGGAUGGCGAUGGGCUUCGGCGCACAGAUGGCGAACACACCGAUGGUCAUUAUGUGGUCGAACAGUGACGGUAGCAUCACGUUAUCACAGCGCAAAGCACCUGCUGAGAUCAUGCCAACCGUCGACUCAAAUCCUCCACGAAAAGCGACAGCCGAACCAUCCCUAAGUUCUCUCUCCGGUUCCAACCCCAAACUGGCUUUCACUAUUCCCGCCGAUUCGAGCGUCGGUAACAGUAUUAUCUGGGCCUUCAGCACGAACAAUCCCGGUGAUAGUGCUGAAGGUGCUCAGCUCGUUCAGCAUCUCAACUCAGGACCAACUUCACUCAACCUAGCAAACACAAUAUCGGCAUCUUCGAGAGACCCCACUAAUCCCAUUUCUACUCUUUCAGGCGGUUCUUCUUCGGGUUCUGGUUCUGGUUCCGGUACAGGUUCGGGCAGCGUUAGCAUCCCGCUUCAGUCAUAUCAGAAGAUGCUCGUCGCCCAUGGCCUUCUGAGUACUAUUGGCUUCCUGAUCAUUCUUCCCAUUGGUGCACUCUUAGCCCGUUACCUUCGUACAUUCAGCAACACCUGGUUCAGAGGUCAUUGGAUCAUCCAGCUCGCUCUCGGUGGCCCCAUUAUCAUUGCUGGCGUUGCUUUGGGCUUCGCUGGUGUACAUCAAUCCGGAGCACCGCAUGUCGCUGACGACCACAAGAGGUGGGGCAUUGCUAUCUUUGUCCUCUACUUUGGUCAAAUCGCUUUGGGUACCGCCAUCCAUUACAUCAAGCCGAGGUCAUUUGUCGUCAACAAGCGGAGACCUCUCCAGAAUUACUUCCACGCUGUCUUGGGUCUGUUGAUUAUCGCCCUUGCCUUUUACCAGGUCCGUACUGGAUUCAUGCAUGAGUGGCCAACAACAACUGGCCGUUCACCAGUCAGCAAUGCGGCGAACAUCGUUUGGUACAUAUGGGUCGUUCUUAUGCCAGUGCUCUACGCAGCUGGUCUUAUUCUCCUUAGACGUCAGUUUAAGCAAGAGCGUGUGACGAAACAGGACCCGGCUGUUUCACGCGAAUCCUCAGAUCAACGUUACUACAUGCGCAUUCUUCAUGGAAGGACUGAACAGGAAUAGAUGAGCCGAUAUAACUUACACUUCAGCAACGUCUUUCGGACUUGUUGCGUCCACUUUCUUUUGUUGUAACAUAGAUAUCUUGGACAUUCUUCGCCUCCACGUGGACACGAGUUAAUGAGCACGUCCUGAACGGAUAGUUUACGAGCAUGUAAUUAGUGAAGCGGCUUUUCUUCCAAUCCAUGUCUUCAGUUGUGAUUCCAGUG